CACUUUGAUCAAUAUGAAGAAGGGCACCUGGAGAUAGAGCAAGCAUCUCUAGACAAGCCUAUAGAAUCGGAUAAUAUUGGACACCGCUUACUCCAGAAACAUGGGUGGAAGCUGGGCCAGGGAUUGGGAAAGUCACUGCAGGGGAGGACAGAUCCCAUCCCUAUCGUCGUCAAGUACGAUGUCAUGGGCAUGGGGCGGAUGGAAAUGGAGCUCGACUACGCCGAAGAUGCCACUGAGCGGAGGCGUGUACUGGAGGUGGAGAAAGAAGACACGGAGGAGCUGAGGCAGAAAUACAAGGAUUAUGUUGAUAAAGAAAAGGCGAUUGCCAAAGCUUUGGAAGACCUCAGAGCAAACUUCUACUGUGAACUCUGUGACAAGCAGUAUCAAAAGCAUCAAGAGUUUGACAACCACAUAAACUCAUACGAUCAUGCUCACAAGCAGAGGUUGAAAGAUCUCAAGCAAAGGGAAUUUGCUCGCAAUGUGUCUUCAAGAUCACGGAAAGAUGAAAGGAAGCAGGAGAAAGCCCUCCGGCGUCUACACGAACUGGCUGAACAGAGAAGACAGCCUGAAUGUGCUCCUGGAAGUGGACCCAUGUUCAGAACCACCACGGUGGCUGUGGAUGAGGAAGGUGGAGAUGAUGAUGAUUCUGCAGCCAACAGCAGCUCUUUCAUCCAGACGACUUCUGGCCAAGCUACAGAGAUGACUAUGGACAGAGGUUUCCUAAACACUGGACAAGCGGGUGGCACCGUUAUGCCAAGCCAAAUGCCCAUCCAGACAGCGCAAGCGAUCAGCUUUGGCAUUAAGAGUACUUUGGGAACUCCGCUGCAGAAGAUAGGAGUGUCGUUUUCAUUUGCCAAGAAGACUCCGGUAAAGCUUGAGACCAUAGCUUCUGUUUUCAAGGACCACGUGGAAGAAUCGAGUUCUGCAGAUGGAGCAAAAGCUGAUGAGAGAGGGUCCUCAGAUGCAGGGAGCCUGCAGAAAUCUGGCGAGGGCGAAAGCACAAGUAAUUCUGACAGCAAGGCGGAGGAAGAUGACCAACACGACAAAGAUAGUGGGUCUCUAGCCACUACGUUAUCUAAACUAAAAAAGAUGAGACGAGAAGAUGGACCAAUGGCAGUUGAACCAGAAUACUACCACUAUAUUCCCCCAGCCCAUUGUAAAGUAAAGCCUAAUUUUCAAUUCCUGCUUUUCAUGAAGUCUACCGAUCAAAUGGAAGCUGAAAAUGUGAACAAAAAAACCACACAUGAAGUUAAAAAGGGCAGUUCUCCAAAACCCAAACCUGGCAAGCACACGGAGAAGGCUGCUGAGAGCACGGGUCAGCAGAAGGAGCAGAGUACUACUGAAACUGCGGCUCAGCAGAGCAAAACAGAACUAAAAGAAGUCCCAGAAAACACGAGUCCGCAGGAGAGCAAGCAUCUUGCAGAGAGCAACCUCCCCGAGCCAGACACUACUAAAGAAGUUGCUCAGCCUGUCCCAAGCUGCAAAGAUGUUGCUGAAGGACCAAAGCAUCCAACGGGACCUUUUUUCCCCGUUCUGAGUAAAGAUGAGAGCACGACUCUCCAGUGGCCUUCAGAGCUUCUCAUAUUCACCAAAGCAGAACCAUCUGUUUCAUACAGUUGUAACCCCCUGUAUUUUGAUUUCAAGCUCUCUCGUAACAAAGAUGCUAAAGGUAAAGGGGCAGAGAAAUCUAAGGACCCGGGGGGUCUUUGUAAAGAAAACGUUCAGAGCACGGAAUCUGGCGAGAUCAGCAAACCCAAGGAGGCAGAAAGCGUAGCUAACAGUUCUACUCUAAAAAUGGAAACCAAAUCUCUGUCCUCCUGUGGCUCCCAUAACAAGCAGGACUCCAAUUUGGCAAGCGUGAGUAAGGGAGAGGGAGAGGACGGUGGUAAAAGCAUAACUGGUAAGAGUAAAUCUGGAAGAUCCCAUAAACACAAAAAGAAAAAGAAGCACAAAAAGUCCGGCAAACACAAACGUAAACACAAGGAAGAAGCUGAUGAGAAGAGCCGAAAAACUGACCUGGGGGAAGAGAAACCCAAGAAACGGAAAAGACACAGGCACAAAAAAAUAAAAUCUUCUCUUUCUACUGAAUCGGAACGGGCACUAAAAACCGAACUGUCUGAAGACUGUAGCCAUUUCCAGAAGAAAAAGUGGUGCUCUCAGGAGUCCCAGAGGAAGUCUCUGUCUGCUGAAGAGGGAAGCAGCGGUAAAAAAGAGGACGGUGGUAACUCCUGCCCGGAGCACGGCAGCAGAAAACACAAGGCUGACCUGCAGCAGUUACCUGCUUCGAGAAGACGGUGUUUGGCUCCUUCCCUGGGCAGGACCAGCCACCGGAGCCGGCAGAGCAGCGGGGACUACGACAGCGACGAGGGCUCUCACAGGAAGCACUGCCGGCAGAAAUCCCCGUCGCAGUACAGCGACGAUUAUGACUCCGGCAGCGACCACUCCAGGAGCCGCUCCAGGUCGGGACGGAGACACUCCUCUCCCAGGUCUUAUUCCACCAGCUCUGACGCCUCCUCGGACCACAGCCGGUACAGCCGUCGGAGAAGUUACUCAGAUGAUAGCUACAGCGAUUACAGUGAGAGGUCACGGUGCCAUUCAAAGCGGUCCCACGACUCGGAGGAUGACUCUGACUACAACAGCUCAAAUCACAGAUCGAAGCGGCGCAAGUACUCCUCUUCUGAAGAUGACUACAGUUCAAGUAGGAGCAGGUCGAGGAGUCGAAGUAGGAGCCGAACCCACCCUCGAGGCAGGUCAAGAUCAAGAAGCCGGGGCAGAACACGCAGCAGCAGCUGCAGCCGCAGUCGAAGCAAGAGGAGAAGCCGAAGCGUAACGGGUCGUAGCUGGAAACGGAGCCGCAGCUAUAGCAGGGAUCGCAGUCGCAGUACAAGAAGCCACUCGCAGAGGUCCCUCUCGCGAAAGGGCUCUCGAGGCCACGAGAGCCCUGAAAAGAGGAGGUCCGGGAGAAGAGACUUCAUCAGGUCCAAAAUCUAUCGCUCGCAGUCUCCUCACUAUUUCCGGACAGGCCGAAGUGAAGGAUCAUCGCUGAAGAAAGAAGACGGCAAAGGAGAGGAUCUGAAAGGCUCUGGCUCGCUCUCCCAAAACAGCAGUGGCUCUGGCACAGGGAGGGCCUCAGAAGGCGACUGCAGUCCGGAGGAGAGAAACUCCGUCACUGCAAAACUUCUCCUGGAAAAGAUUCAGUCCAGGAAGGUUGAGAAGAAGCCCUGCGUCACUGAUGAGAUGCUGGCAGGGGCAAACAAGGUGGGCAUAAAGCUCAAAGAUCCUCCCCAGGGCUACUUUGGCCCAAAACUUCCUCCUUCCUUAGGCAACAAACCGGUUCUCCCCUUAAUUGGGAAACUGCCAACCGUUCGAAAACCAAAUGCCAAAAGAUACGAAGAUUCUGGCUUGGAGAGGGGUGAGGAACAAGAGCUGUCCGAUUCUGAGGAUGUUUCCCAGGGCAUUGAGGAGGCUCAGCUGGGCGGCCAGUCUCUCCUGGAAGAAGUGGUGAUGGUGAUUCAGGACAAAGCUCUGGAUGAGCAGAAACGUGACGAACCUGCCGUGGAAAUGCCGUCCAUUCCCCUCGAAGCACCGGCACUCCCCGAGUGCUUUGGUUCUGGAGAUCUGGUCAUGCCACACAACUUCCUCUCGGAUCCGAGCGACGGCGAUGGGCUAGAACCGAUGGACGGGGGCAACCAACCGGUCCCCGUGGAAACCGGUAUGAUGCCCUUAGUUCCAGAUGUCGAGCACUUUCCUGGCUACGUGCCUCAGAGUGGGGAGCCGAGCAUCGAAGGGGAUCGGGAAGGAGGAGAAGACUCCUCUCUAGCACCGCUGGAGAGCCAGCCCAUCACUUUUACACCCGAAGAAAUGGAGAAAUACAGUAAGCUGCAGCAAGCUGCUCAGCAGCACAUUCAGCAGCAACUCCUGGCAAAGCAGGUCAAGGCCUUU